AUGUCCUCCUCUGUCGCCCCGGAUGACAGGGGCGCGUCACGCCCUCACUCCGGCAUCCUCACGCCAAGCUCGGAUGGAAGCCUCAACUAUGCUGGCAGUACCGCUGCCGCUUCACCGUUGACGUGGACAAAGCGACGAUCCGAUCCGGCUAUGGAGAGGCUGCUCAAACCCUCCAUUGCCGUCAAGCCGCACCCGCACGCCCUCCACGUACAGCCCAGGACGCUGUCGCCUCUAUUCUUACUACGACGCCAAAAUCUCCCCCUCGGCUGCAUCGACUUCCAGGCCACAACGACCGAGAGCGCCUACACCCGCCUCGUCGAGUCCCGCAUCAAGAUUCUCGACCUCGAAACCCGCAUGGGCUCUACGCAGAGCGUGCUCAUUGCCCGGCACGACGCCACCCGCACGAUACAUGCCAUUGAACGCCAGAAUGACGGCCUGUACGCCAUGUGCAAGCUCGGUGCCUGGGUCGACCUCGAACAGCUCGCGCAGGACGCCACUGCGCUCUGCCCCGAGCGAGUCUUCCCUGUCAAGUCAGAGGUGGCGUCGCCGCCGCAGACUUCGCUGGCGACCAUGACGCCGCACAUGAUCAGUCAGCAGAAAAAGAAGCGCGCCGCCAUCGAGGCGAUCCAGUCGCUCGUGCGCAAGAAGCCCAAGGCGGAGCCCGGCCCCUCGAGCGACGAGGCGCCCCUGGCACCAGAGGUGCAACGCCGAGUGUGGGACCAAGCACUGCGGCCUACACCAGAGAUUAUGAUCCCGUUUGUGAAGAAGAGCAUAGAAGAGACGCCCGUGCCAGAGCUCAUAGCACCUGAGGCACCAAUGCCGGAGAUUAUGGUUCGGUAUAUCAAGCAAAGCGAUGGUUCGGCGCCAAUGCCGGAAGUCAGGAUUCCGCACAACGAAUCGAAAGACGAGACCCCCAUGCCAGAAGUCAUGAUACGGUAUAUCAAGCAGGACGAUGGUUCGGCGCCAAUGCCAGAAGUCAUAAUUCCGCAUAACAAGUGCAGGAAACGCGAGGAGCCAAUGCCUGAAAUCAUGUUUCCUUGCGUGAAGCCUCACCCGGAAAACACCCCGACGGCGGCAACAAUGAGCUCUCAGGCUCGUCCCCACACUGGGGAGACUAAAGGCGAAAGUUUAAUGAUGGGUGCUGCAUCGGUGCUCCCACCCAGCCAACUCCAUGCCCCAGCCCUCGACGACGAUACACAAGACGUGGCUACCAGCAUAUUUGAAAACAUCCGAUCACAUUAUUUCGAAGCAUUAUAUAAAUCUAUGGGAUCACUUGCAUACUUUGCCAAAGGCCCUUUAUCACGAGCUAGAUCAACAUUCCUCCUUGACCUUGAGGCAAACCUCGACAUGGCGGACCUCAUCGAAUUCCUCAAGAGCCUGAUUCUCACCACGGUACAAAUCGACAAGAAAUACCGCGAGACCGCGCCAGAAAUCAUCUCGCAGCUAUCCGCCCUCGUCGAAAGCUCCGACGAGACUCACUCAAAGAGGCGUAAACUCAAAAAGAUGAGACUCGGAAAAAAUGGCCUCUAUCCCAACGAGGACGACCGCAUCCGAAAAUGGUGGAAUGCCAACAAGCCCGAGCUAGACGAGGAGCAGCCUUCAUACACGGCUAUGCAAAUCAAGUCCAAUUUGUCGCUGCUCCGCACCCGUGAGACACAGCUGCAGAUGAUUCUAAUCAUGGAGAUUCUGGCCCUCGAGCCUCUGAAAGCCGCAGACGAUGCGGCGGACAGCAGCCUUCCUGUACUCCCUGGCGCCUCCGCCUCAGGGGCUCACCGCUCGCCAGCGGCUGCCCAGACGAAGAAGAGAAAUAAGCACAACCUGCCAGUUCUGAUUGAUGUUCACGCCGACCGCUUGACGAUCUGGCAGUCGACCGCCACUGACGAGCAGCAACUAGCAGAGGAUUCGCAAGCCAACAGGCAGAAUCUCAAUGGUAACCGCGUGCAAAAGACAUCUUCGGAACCUCUCAAGGACUUCUGUACUGAUGUCAUCGUGCCAUUCUUCUCGGCACGUAUUCCUGAAAUAUGCGACGCUAUUAACAGGAAGCUUGGAGGCCCUGUGAUUGUGCCGACGGGCAGCGGCAAGUCCCAAAAGCGCUCAGCGAACAAGAAGGAACAAAAACCUGGCUCUGCAACCAAGAGACCUGCCGCGCCCCGGCCGCCAAGGACACUCCAGCGCGCACUAUCAACAGACCAACAUAGCCGAAGGAGCGUCUCUCGUGGACCGAGCAAUAUGAUUGCUCUCAUGAGAUCUGCCACCUCAACAUCCGUGCCUACCAUAAGACGCGAGGGAAGCGAAUCGGCCAAUCUCAAGCGCCUGCUCAAGAAGGAGGACGAAAGCCAGAAAAGGCCGGCGCUCUCUCGCAGCAGCAGCAACGUGGCGAGCCAAGAUGGGUCCAAGGCGAGCAGACAAGCCCUUGUUGACGCCCAAGUCAAGGAUGCUAUUGCCGCCUUGCGGAAACCAAAUAGAGAGGUUGUUGGCCAAGCUAUGGAAGAGGCCGACCAGCAAAAAGCGCUCGCAGUGAAGAAAGCUCGCAGGAUGCAACGAAGUUCUGUUGUUAAGGCGACACCGGCAAACAACAGAUUCAAAGACGUGUUUGCUUACAGCCAGGGAAAUCCUGACACGCCCUUGCACCACAUGGACGAGGUCAUCCCACCUUCGAGCAUUGGGCCGUUUAUCCCGUCCACUGGCCAGCGUAUUGGCUUCCGCAACCCCAUGGAUCUCAACACAUCGCCGGCUAUUGAUACCGUCGGCAGCACUCCGACGAAACGAGUGAAUAAGGCCACGUUUCUACACCGCGGCAACGACGAGCCCUGUGUUCCGCCAUCGCCCUUGGCGCGGACGAGCAACCCAGCGCCGCACUCGCUCCCUACCAGUAUGAGCGCGAAUGGCCUACUGCAGCCUCCCAGGCCCAAUGAGGGAACUAUGAAGCAGUACCAUAGCAGGGACCACAUAUUUGCCACGCCGGCUAAGAAACAAAAGCACCAGCAAGUUCUUAGUGCCAGUCCUGUGGCGCAGCUGAAGCUGCAAGACCAGAACAAGCCUCAGAAAUCCAUCUACGACACCCUCGGCUGGGAUGAUGAGUACGACAUUUAA